GGGGACCUUGUUACGAGUCCUUGCUGCUGUUUUGUUUUGAUGGGAUCCUAGAAUCACGUCAGGCUUUUGCUUCAGGGUUUGUGUUUCCUCGCUCGUCGUCUCGUUCCGCUCGAAUUUUCCCUUAGCGUUAGAGGUUGUAGGUAGAGCAUGUGUGGCGACGAAGGUUGUGUUACUUGUUGGUGGUUUAGAACGCGCAGCUUCGGACUUCGUUUGUGCGGAGAAGUGAGUGCCGCAAAUCGGGGAAUGUUGGCCUCCUCCCCGUCGCAGUUUGGAGUCGAGUUGGGCGAAUUCAUGUCGAGUACGCGACUUGGCGGUAUUUGCGUAAACACGAGCUAGUCGGCUCUCUAGCUCAGUUCAGGGGUUUUGGUUGUUCGUGCAUACAAAUCUCCGUGGUGGCGAUCAGAAGUUUUGCUCCGCUAGUUUUGGAUUCGACGUCACCACAAGUGACACAAUUGUCGGUACUACAGAAUCGGGAAGAAUCGAGCCGUGGUGUGUUGUCCACGUUGUUGUCCAGAACUAUUCUGGUUAUUUCUCCGCUUUGCAAGUGUUGGAUCUAUUCCAUACCUCGUGUUUCUUCUAUUCCUCCAUACCAGGGUUAGGGGUUUGAAACCAUAAAUAAUGACAGAAACGAAGCCUUGUCGGUGGGGGCUGCUCAUUCGGCAGGCUAGCGUGUUGGGGCGCUUCAAAAAUAAGCUGAAGUUGAAGAAACUUGAAUGGAAAAGGUUUUACGAACACUUCUGGGGACCGGCGCAACCGAUUCCUGCAUCGGAAGCUGAGUAUAAUGAUUGGAUAGACAGCUACCAUGCAGCUGAAGGCAGUAGUGCGCCAUCUCGCAACUUGCAAGUUGAGUUCAGGGGUUGGGCUGAUAGCCAUCAUAGCGCCGAAGGCAGCCAUGUGUCCGAUUUUGACUCGAAGUACCUCGAUCCCUUAUCUCCUGAGGAUUACGGGUCUCUUGUCCAACCGGAGCCGAUUGGGAGAUUACCUUUAUACCAACCAGGUCACCAAAGUCCAGUGCCUGGCAUGCGUCCUACAGUUUCCCCCGUGUUUCAGCAUGAUUUGGGAAUGCAAUCACAAGGAGGGGAGUUUCAGCCGAUGCUAGCUGGCAAUGAUUUUGUGGACUCGACAUUGGUGGGUUCGGCAGUUGUCGACGUAUCGAAUGCUUCAGAACUUAAUCAAAUUCCUUCCACACCAGGGAUGGCUCAUUUAAACUCAUUUGAUUCAUCCUCUCUGUCCGCCAAUGGACAUUUCGACGCGGACAAUGAUAACAUUGUGGAAUGGCAAUCGCCCAGUUCCGCUCAAGUAGGAAAUCAAAGCUUGUCUCCUUUUUGCAUGGAUGCUAGAAGCAAUAUGGACAUGAUAGAUUCGGGGAGUUCUUCCACCAUACCUUUGAAGUUCGAAGACCGCUUGCAGUGGUUCAAACAGUUUUUCGAAAUUGGUGCGGAGGAUGCUGUAUUAGCACCUCACCAAGCCAAUGCAGGGCGAGGUUGGGGAGUCAUGGUUCGAAUUAUCGGCGCCUGUAUAAGGCUCACAAGGCUUGUACGGAGGAAAAAGUUGGAGAAACGUCCACUGCAGGGACAGUCUAUCAUACGAAAGAAAAUUAGAGGAUUCGGUGAGAACCGCAGUCAGCUGUACAAGGGAGUUCGGAGGAGAAAUGGGAAAUGGGUGUCCGAGAUCAGGAUAGGUCAAACAAACGAGAAAGUAUGGCUUGGCUCUUAUGAUACCGAAAAGGAGGCUGCACUUGCAUUUGAUGCAGGAAAGUAUCAUUGCAGUGCCAAGAGGUGCCGAAGUUUCAACUUCCCGGAUUCUCCUAAGUACCUUGGGCCUCUUGUAAACGUACGUAGCCUCUCCAAAUCGGACAGAAGAAAGGCCAUUCAGAAGUUGGCGGAGGAUCACGUUAAAACUUGUUCAUCGGCAUUAUGCUGAACAAAUAGCUUGUUUUCUUGCGUAUCAUUCUCUCAAUACCUUGGGCUAUUACGACCAUGAUAUCAUUGACUGGAUAUCUGGUCGUGGUAGUUGUCUCCAUGGCAUUGUCUCAGUACAUUAAUCGCGAGGUCGAUAACCUCCUCUAGGGUCUUUCUAUUUUAUUUUUUACCUUUCUUAUCGGAGGAAAAAAAAAAAAAAAACUGAUCGAUAAUUACCGUUAUCGGGGGAAACACAGGUUUCUUCAUUAUGUGUGCCGUUGUCUAUCGUUUUUAUAGCCACUAAAUAAAUAAAUAAAUAAGCAGUUUUGUGAAUUUGAUAGCUAGAGUUGUAAGGGUUCGUCAGGGUUGACCCCAGAGGCUAAUAGUGAAGAGGUAGACAAUUCAUUUCAGCUUACCUGCAAUGGAGCAAGUAUUGAACAGGUGACAUAAUAGCUGGAAUGUAGCAUUUUGUCUUGGUUUAGAACGCUCUAUGGUAUGCAAUAGACGUUCUCUACUGGGAUGGGGAGCAUGUGGGCGAAUGCUCUUAAUUUCCCUUGUGCUGUUUAUCUGAGCUAAAUCCUCCUGCUGUUGGAGAUAACGAGUGCGUUCGUCAACAAAUUGCCCACCUUUCAGAUCAAGGUGCUUGUUAUUUAAGCGGCAUUGCUUGAAUCAGACAUUCGCAGACAGGACCUCGUAGUUUUCUUUGGUCUUGGAGAUCUGCAAGUUCUAGGAAAACCUUAUCUAAAGAUGAAAAUGACGGCAGAUCAUUCAAUGUCCUUGCUGAGCCAAGAUUGCGACGCUUCGAUUUUCAUGUUAAGAUGGCAGACCAUCGGAUCGUGCAGAGAAAGAAGGCCAUCACAAACGCUCUUUUGGGCACGAAGAAGAGCAGCGUGUUGAGUUUGCUGAAUCAGAUACUGAGUACAACGCAGCCAAUCAAGAAGCUACGCAGUCCUUGUAGGAUGUAAGAACAGCCAUUGACGAGUAUGUGAGACGCUUUUGCAUCGUGUGAAUUUGUUCAGGGCUGAAAGAUUCAUUCGCCACUUCAAUUUUUUGCAGUUGCGAUUUGUUCAAAUUUCUUUGCUGCACGUGAUGUCCAAUUUGUGGUGCUCGGUGAUUAUUCUCAAUUUUUACAUUGAACCAUUUCCUAUCUGGAAUAAGGCGUUCAGGCGGAGCUCCGGGAAAGGUUCAGGCAUGUUCUUUUAAAAUAAUUCGUUGGGAUGUUUUCUACAUUCUAAUUAAAUGAAUUUAUUUUGGAAGUCAA